AUGGCUCCGGCCUUCUUGCAAAGAUUCACGGGUGGAAACAAUCAGACCCCCUUGCAGGCAGAUUUGAAGCGGGCCACAGAGUCAAAUGUCAUCGAAGUACCCAAGGACGUGCUGACGCUGGUUGUAGAGGCGACGAAGGUGGGUGAAGAGGAACGACGUGAGAUCAUGAUGCAUCUGCGAGAGUGCCUCGCAGAGCCGCAGGGGAAGAAAUGGCGCCGCAUGUAUGCCGCCCUGGUUCUUAUCGAGGAACUGCUGAAAAAUGGCAGUCCCGAGCUCCUCCAAGAAACGUCGGAAGGUCGAUACUUUGACCUCGUCCAGCGGCUAUCUCUCUUGGAGAAGUUCGAAUGCACAAACGACCUUCGUGUGCAGAACAUGGUCCGCACCAAGGCCUCUGCGCUGCGGUCCGAGGUGGUGCCGAGGCUGGAAACUGCUGGUGAGAUGCCACACAAGCCAGCAGCACCAAGCUCCGGCUCCGCCACCUCAAGUAGCAGAGUUACGAGUGAACCAACCACUGCUGGUGGCUCGACCGCAACUUCCUCCAGCAGCGGCUACACUGGAGGAGCACUGUACAAUAUGGCCAAACCGGAGUGCCAGAUGAUUUUAAAUGGAGUGGUGGCAGUUGGGCACAACGACGAUACCGACAGCGAUAGCGACGGAGGCGAUGGCCCAAAGAAGGCAGUGGCUUUCCGGAAGGCACAGUCACCUGCGCUUCCUUCAGCGAGUGGUGCCAAGAAUGCUUCCAGCUCUGCUGCACCGACCAAUCCCUCAAAGGGCAAUGUUGACCUGCUGGACCUGUAG